AUGGAUAUAGAGGGAAUCUUCCUCCACACCAGUCAGACACUUGUCCCACGGAUAUGGAAGGAAGUACAUACAGGCAACAAUGAUGAAGAGAUUGAGAGUGAAAGUGAAACUGCAGGGAAUAAAAAGUCAUGCAAACUCUGUGAGGAGUUUACUUCUCAGGCUACACACUAUCUCAGUGAACAUGCGACUCGAAGUGAGAUUCCAAGCACAAUACAUACACAAAGCCUGUGCCGAAUUACAAUUUUCGGAAGAACAGGUGCAAUCACUUCCUCUCAUGGCAAUUUAUCUGUUUCUGAAUGGUAUUCAGUUUUUGCACAACAAACUGUCUCUUUUGUUUCUUCAAAACUUGUUCCUUUUGUGCAGUGUGUUCCCUGGCUGGACUACUUGGCACCAAUCUUUUUCUUGGAGCCUGAUAAUUCAUGCCGCGAUGUUGUUGCAGAAGUAAUUACCAAACUGGAAGACCCAGAGACUGAGCUUGAGGUGAUUGAGAUUCUUCUGAAAGGAUGCAACAAGCUGAAAAACUAUGUCCAAAAGUGUAAGAAACUUAUUUUCCAUAAUGGAACAUUGAUACUGGUGCAUGCUGAGAAGUUUCUUCUGAAAGUAGAUGUUUGCGCCAUUCAUGCUUGCAAGAACAGUCAUGAGCUGGUAUCUAUUGUUGAUGAUGGUUGUGCCUUCAAUACUUCAAGCAUGUGA